CUGUAGACAAAAAAAAGAAGAAAAGUGAAAGUGAAGCGCCGAUCGAAGCACAAACGUCAAGAAAGGACCGGACCUGCACGGCUCCACCCUCCGCCUCUCCCGCCGGACCUGCACGGCUCCACCCUCCAGGAGGCCUUAAUUCGACAUUGGAUCAACAAUAUUAUUCUUAUAUUGACGCUUCACGCACUAAAGAGAAUGACGAUGAGCAUAGAAUGUACGCCUCUUCCCCCCAUUCACAUGUUUUUUUAUCAUUUGCCUGUUAUUCUGUCUGUAAAUCUGCAAUUGAUAAUGAUCUAAUUCAGUACUUUAUUUUUCUAUCAUUACUAGCCAUGAUUGAUUUUCUUCUUUAGUGUAAAUAGUGAAGUCAACAUCGUUGGGAAUCUGGUUUUAGAGCAUGAUAGGGUCAUACUACUCAAAUGUUCUUGCAUCUUGAUUUUUUUGGGGGGGAUUUUUUAGUAAAGAUUGUUUCUUUAUUAUGAUUGGAUAAUAUUGGUUGACUUAUUGAGUUUAUUCCAUAUUUGAAUGGAUACAACAAUGAAAAGGACUAAAUGUUCUUAACUUACAAAGGACGCCAACAGAAAUUUACCAUUCAACUUAAUGGUCAACUGGCAGAAGGUUAUAUAGGGGACCUCUGUUGGAAGUAAUCACUAUUCUCAAGUAUGUAGAACCAUUAGGAGUAUUUGUUUGUAUGAUGGACUAACACGAAAUGCCAAAGACCACUUUUGGAAUUUACUCAAAAUUAUAUAUAGCCUAGGAAUAAUUUUUAAUGCUUUAGCUAUGGUUUCCUUUUCAGCUUAUUUUAUUUUAGGUGAUUGAGUAUACUAUAUUAACUUGUUUUCUUCUGCUGUUCGCUUCCUGUGGAUCCACUGUAUGGACUUUUGCUGAUUGAAUUGCGUGCGGGGCUUGUUUUCAUGUUUUCCACGAGCAUCCUGCUACAAAUCCUGACAGGUUCAAGUGUUCAACUAAUUUGCCACUUUUGCACAUGGCUGCAAGGUUGCGCCUUUUCAGCAACUGCAACAUUUUAUCAUCUUUGAUAGUGGAAACAGGGAAACCUAUGCAAAGAUUUAUAUGUGCCGCAUUUCAUUCAACUGUUAAUGAAAACUUUGGAGACAAUCGCAGCAAGGAUUAUAGCAGCCUAGCAAACGGUUUAGCAUCUUUGGUUGAGGAAUCUUCAGUUCUUCAGAAUGAAAAAACCACUAUGUCAUUAGCACAGAACUUGGCCAGCUUAGUUGAGGAGACCUCUAUAGCUAUGGACACAAAACAGAUGUCUAGGAUGGAGCGGAAGAGGUUUCUCGAACGGAAAACCAAGAAGAAGGUGAAGGCACAAUAUGCAGAUGGUAAGUUUAAGGACCUAAUGGAAAAAGUGAUUAGUGAUCCCGAGACUCUUCGGGAUGCUUAUGAGUGUAUUAGACUGAACUCUAAUGUUGAUCCUGUGUUGAAUGGAGAUGACUUGCCUUUUGAAUCCAUGGCAGAAGAGUUAUCCCUUGGGCAUUUCAAGGUAAGUGCUAACACGUAUUCAAUUGCAAGUAGGGGUCCAACAAAAGAAGUAAUUGUCCUUCCUAACGUUAAGCUUAAAGUUGUUCAAGAAGCUAUUAAAAUAGUGUUGGAAGUUGUUUACAGACCGAAAUUCUCUAAGAUCUCACACGGGUGUAGAAGUGGAAGAAGUCACCUUUCUGCACUUAAAUACAUCUGUAAGGAUAUGAAGGACGCCAACUGGUGGUUUACAUUAUCUAUAAACAAAAAGCUUGACGGUUUCAUCUUUGCCAAACUUUUUUUGGUCAUGGAAGACAUGAUUAGGGAUACUAUGCUAUAUGAUGUAAUCUGGAGCAUGUUUGACUGUCAAGUCCUGAAUUUAGAAUUUGGUGGUUUUCCUAAAGGACACGGUCUCCCACAAGAGGGGACAUUAUCACCUAUAUUGAUGAACAUAUAUCUUGACCUCUUGGACCGAGAAAUGUACAGAUUGUCAAUGAGAUACGAAGCUCUUCUUGACACGGGACUGAAGACCGAAGGAGAAGGGACCCGUUCUAAGCUGCGCGAUUGGUUUAAGAGGCAAAUGAAUCGCGGUGGCUCCACUGAUGGGUAUUCUGGUAAUAGGGUGCAAAGUUGCCGUUUCAUGGAUGAGGUUUUCGUCGCGGUCUCCGGUAGCAAAGAAGUUGCUGUUUCUUUAAAGUCUGAACUUCGAGAUUUCAUGAAAAACUCUCUUCACUUGGAAGUUGACAAUGAUGAUGAUGAUGAUGAUAUUUUGCCAUGCGAUGGGCCUGCAGGGGUUCGGUUCCUGGGCUGCUUGGUCAAAAGAAGCCCAGUAGAGAUUCCCGCGGUAAAAGCAGUUCACAAAUUGAAGGAAAAAGUAAGGUUAUUUGCGGCUCAGAGACAAGAGGCGUGGGACAGAGGGACCCUUAGGAUUGGGAAGAAAUGUCUGGCCCACGGGCUUAAGAAGGUGAAAGAAUCCGAGAUCAAACAUUUAGCAGAUGAUACCUCUACUUUAAGUGAAAUUUCCUGCCACCGUAAAUCUGGAAUGGAAACUGAUCACUGGUUCAAAGUCUUACUAAAAGUGUGGAUCCAAGAUGUGAAUGGUGAAAAUGCAGAGAGUCAGGAAUUCAUCUUAUCCAAACACAUGGUCGAACCGUCCCUCCCAAAAGAACUAAGAGAUUCCUUUUAUGAAUUCCAAAACCAAGUCGACAAAUAUGUUUCUUCAGAAACAUCUGCAACUCUAGCCCUUCUCCCUAACCCAACUUCUUCGUUCAAAACCCAGAUUAUUGCCCCCAUUAAUGCCAUUAAGAAGUGUUUAUACAGGUACGGGUUGACAAACAUUGAUGGGUUUCCCCAUACAUGUCAUGUCCUCAUUUUUCUGGACCGCGACCACAUCAUUGAUUGGUUUUCUGGCAUAGCCACGCGGCUCCUCAGGUGGUACAGUGAGUUUGACAACUUCAAUGAAGUGAAGUUGGUCAUCUGUCACCAACUGAGGAUGUCUUGCGUUAGAACACUGGCAGCAAAGUACAGAAUCCAUGAGAAAGUGAUUGAGAAUAUGUUUGAUUCAGAGCUGAGCAGAAUCCCUUCAAGUGCUGACAUUGAAGAUGACGAGUUUGAGCGGGCCCCGGCAUCUCAGAAAGCCGAUGACGACGAAUCGUUGACCUAUGGGAUUGCGUACAGUGGCGCGUGCCUGCUGUCUUUGGCUCGGGCGGUCAGUGGGUCCCGCCCCUGCAACUGUUUUGUCGUGGGGUGUGGGGCCGCGGCCCCACGCGUGUAUUCUCUUCAUGUGAUGGAGAGGCAGAAGUUUCCAGGCUGGAAAACGGGGUUUUCGAGCUGCAUACACCCUGGUUUACACAGGAGGAGGUUUGGGCUGUGUAAUGAUCAUUUGAAAGAUCUGUUUCUGGGUCAUAUUUCUCUUCAAUCUAUUGAUUUUGGUUCUUGGAAGUGAGAUGAUAAUUCAAGAAGUUUUGCUUUGUUGAGAAAAUGGUGAACUUUCUCUGGAUUAGGGUCCGUUUGGUACACGGACGGAAUUGACGGAAUUGGAAUUGAAUUGAGAGUUGAAAUUCUCCGAUUCCAAUUCCAUGGUUUGUACAUUCAUUUCAUUAUGAAACUAUUCAAAGGCUAAUAUUAUACUGAACUCAUUACCGAGUAACGAGUCACAUCCGUACGGACCCAGCGAGUUAACGAGUUACUCCUCCUAAGAGAAUCUGAGAUAGAUUUUUUCUACAAGCUUCCUUCUCGACUCCAUCGUCUUCAACAGUUCUCCCUUCCUCUCAAUCCAAUCUAAGAGAAUGACGAUGAGCGUAGAAGGUAUGCCCCCCUCCUUUGCCUGCAACUCUGUCAGUAAACCAGUGAUUCAUAUCUUUGUAAUUCAAUGUGUUAUAUUUCUAUCAUUAUUUGCCAUGUUUGAUUCUCUACUUUACUGUAAAUAGUGAAGUCCACAUUGUUAGAAAUUUGGUUUUGGGCAUGAUACGGUGGUCAUCACUACUCAAAUGUUGUGAAAAAGAUUUUUGGAAUUUUUAGUAAAGAAUGUUUGUUUCU